CGUCCAGGUGCAUUCCCCCCCGCAGCCUCAUCGAAUAUCUCAUUUCUCUUUCUCCAUCGAGACCACGCCAUUGCCAUAUCUUCUCUUCUCCUCUCUUCUCGUCUCCCAGACUACACAUAAAUAUUUAAUCGGUGCAUGUAUGAACAAGGUCGGUAAGGGAUCAUCUAGGGUUUUAUAGAGAAUUUCAUGGAAGAACCUUUGGCUGCGUUGUCCGCAUCAGCACGAGCAGUCGCCGGAUUCUGCUAUUGUAACUGUUUCAGAAGCCAUUCCUGUUCUUGUUGUCGUUCUUGUUGUUAUCGGCUCUAAGAUUCAAUCCUUCGGCUAGAAUUAGGGUUUUCACUGGUUGGUUCAGUUGGAAGGUUUGGGUAUGGAUUUGCACUCCCAAUCGAAUCUGUCGCUAGGGUUUCUUUCACAUGCCUCUGCGCCUACUGGCCGCCGGACGCAGAUCGCUGACGACUCCAUCUCGUUCCAGAUCGACCCCAGCUUCCGUGACCCCUCCCACCCGGUGCCCUCGAUUCCGCUGCAAUUGAUGGAGAAGGAAACGGAGAAUCGGAAGGGCGAGGAUGAGAACGAGGCUGGUGAGGGUGGGGAGGAGGAUAGAGAGGUCGAGGAGUUUCGUAUUUUGGGUCAUUCCAUGUGUCUGAAGAGGAGGAGGGACGGGGAAUCGGGGUCGGCUUCAUCGAAACGGGUCUCGAUGGAGCCACAAGGUCUGGAGUCCCGGCGGAGUGUGGUGAGGGCUUGGGCCAACCAGCCGCUCUGCGUGGCGGACCCUGAUGUUUUUGGGAUCAUGGAGAAGGAGAAGCAGAGGCAAUUCAAGGGGAUUGAGUUGAUAGCUUCGGAGAAUUUUGUUUGCCAGGCUGUGAUGGAAGCUCUGGGGAGCCAUUUGACCAACAAGUACUCGGAAGGAAUGCCUGGGGCGAGGUAUUAUGGGGGUAAUGAGUACAUUGAUGAGAUCGAAAUGCUAUGCUGUGAGCGGGCAUUGGCUGCAUUUGGACUGGAUUCGGAGAAUUGGGGUGUAAAUGUUCAACCUUAUUCUUGUACAUCAGCAAAUUUUGCGGUUUAUACAGGUCUACUAUUGCCCGGUGAUAGAAUAAUGGGAUUGGAUACCCCUUCUGGUGGAAACACCAGUCACGGGUACUAUACACCUAAUGGUAGGAAAGUUUCCGGGGCUUCAAUUUUCUUUGAAAGUCUCCCAUAUAAAGUGAAUCCACAGACUGGAUAUAUUGACUAUGAUAAACUUGAGGAGAGGGCGCUUGAUUUUCGCCCCAAGAUACUUAUUUGUGGUGGGAGUUCGUAUCCACGGGAAUGGGAUUAUGCAAGGCUUAGACAGAUUGCUGAUAGAUGUGGAGCAGUUUUGAUGUGUGACAUGGCUCAAAUUAGUGGUCUUAUUGCGGCUAAGGAAUGCGCAAACCCCUUCGACUACUGUGAUAUUGUUACCUCGACAACUCAUAAAAGUCUUCGAGGCCCUAGAGGUGGUAUUAUUUUUUACAGAAAGGGUUCAAAGCCAAGAAGGAGAGGAAUGCUUUUGAAUCAAGGUGAUGGUAGUGAUAGAUAUGACUUUGAGGAGAAGAUAAACUUUGCUGUUUUCCCAGCUCUUCAGGGUGGUCCACACAACAAUCACAUUGCUGCCCUUGCUGUAGCCUUGAAACAAGUGGCUACUCCUGAAUACAAGGCAUAUAUGCAUCAAGUGAAGAAAAAUGCUCAGGCUCUAGCAUCUGCUUUAUUGAGGAGAAAUUUCAAACUGGUAACAGGGGGCACUGACAACCAUUUGAUACUUUGGGAUUUAAGGACUCUUGGAUUAACAGGCAAGUCUUUUGAGAGAAUAUGUGAGAUGUGCCGCAUUACUCUCAACAAAGUUACUAUAUUUGAUGAUAAUGGUGCCAUCACGCCUGGAGGUGUAAGGAUUGGUACUCCUGCCAUGACUUCAAGAGGUUGCCUAGAGGGUGAUUUUGAAAUAAUGGCUGGCUUCCUCCAUAGAGCUGCACAGAUAACGUGUGCAGUGCUUAAAGAACAUGGGAAGUUGCAGAAAGCCUUCCCAAAGGGUCUUCAGAACAACAAAGAUAUUAUUGAGCUCCGGAUAUGUGUUGAAAAUUUUGCAACUCAAUUUGCAAUGCCGGGUUUGGAUGCAUAAAACAUGCUUUGAAGAUGCAUACAAUGAAUUUUCGCCUUGCACAGCUGACGGACAUGCACUUGCUCAUGGUAACAAUUACGGAAUCUACUUCUGUUCUUACAGUUUGCACCUUCCCUAUAGAUUGUUUUGGUCCAGGAAACAACAGUUACCACAUCAAAUUGUUGUUGCCCAGUUCAAGUGGAGCGUGCUAGUGCUAGUGCAUUGUGCACAUCCUGAGAUUUGGUAAAGCGGUGAUGUGGGUUCUGUACAUACCAUGACUUCAUGGUCUCCGUAAUUUUUGGAGAGCUUACUAAAUAUAUAUGAAGAUGAUACAGAAGCUUCAAACCUGAUGAGGCCUUAUGGUGAUACUUCCUUUGAACUUUAAACAGAAUUUAAAAAUGAUUUUGAAUGCACAGCAUCAUUUUUUCGUAAUUGUCAUGUAGUUUUCUCAAGAUCCAUGUUGGAUUCAGAUAUUGGAAUUUAUUUUUCGUUUAAUUUUUUGGGGUUAUGUCUUGGUGUAAAAAAGGAGUGCUGUAACUUAUUACCGUGUCAUUUAAUUAGGAUCGCUUGUACCUUCCUUGA